AUGUCUGAUGUGACAUCACUCCCGUAUUUUCAUGGAAAGAUCAGCAAAAAGGCCUGCGAAGUUUUAUUUGCAGCAGAGGGGAAAGAUGGAAGUUAUUUACUACGAGAGAGCGAGACCAUCCCUAAUGCUUUGUGCCUCAGUGUCUACUUUCAAAGAACUGUAUAUACAUAUAGAAUUUUUAAAAAUCAUCAAGGACGUUUUAUUGUUCAGACUGGAUAUGGAGUUAAAGAAAAGUUCUUCAAAAGACUGCCUGAUUUAAUUGCUUACUUUAAAAAACCUGGCAAAGGUCUAGUGAUUCAGUUAAAUUGUCCUCUGGCAAAAAACAAAACUAAACAGGAAGAUGAAGACAAUGAAUAUGAAGAAAUUAAUGAUGCUGACUAUGUCGAAGUACUUGGCGAAUGA